GCUGGAAGGCCAAUGGGAGCACGUGUGGCAAGUGCCCGGUUAGGCUGCGCGAGUUCCGGCCGUGCGCGCGCUCCUCUUCGGGCUGCUGCGGGGCGAGGAGGCCGUGAUCUGCCUCGGCGCUGGUGUUCGCCACCAGGUGAGGAAGAUGCAGGGCAAUAAGGGCUUCAACAUGGAGAAGCAGAACCAUACUCCACGGAAGCAACACCAGCACCAGCAGCACCCGCCGCCGUCCAUCCCCGCCAACGGGCAGCAGGCCAACAGCCAGAGUGAGUCCCGGGCCCGCCGCGGGGGGCCGCCCGGCCCCGCUUUGGAGCAGCUGUGUACCUUAUUCCCCUCAGAUGAAGGCCUGACUAUUGACCUGAAGAAUUUCCGGAAACCUGGUGAAAAGACCUUCACCCAAAGAAGCCGCCUGUUUGUGGGGAAUCUGCCCCCAGAUAUUACAGAGGAAGAGAUGAGAAAGUUAUUUGAGAAGUAUGGCAAGGCAGGUGAAGUCUUCAUACACAAGGACAAAGGCUUUGGCUUUAUCAGGCUGGAAACUCGCACUCUGGCAGAGAUUGCAAAGGUGGAACUAGACAACAUGCCUCUACGUGGGAAGCAGCUAAGAGUGCGUUUUGCAUGCCACAGCGCAUCGCUGACAGUCAGGAACCUGCCUCAGUUUGUGUCCAAUGAGCUCCUGGAGGAAGCCUUCUCAGUGUUUGGCCAGGUGGAAAGGGCUGUGGUUAUUGUGGAUGACAGAGGACGAUCCUCUGGAAAAGGCAUUGUGGAGUUCUCAGGGAAGCCUGCUGCUAGGAAGGCCCUGGAUAGAUGUAGUGAUGGGUCUUUCCUGCUAACCACAUUCCCUCGGCCUGUCACUGUGGAGCCCAUGGAUCAGUAUGAUGAUGAAGAGGGACUACCAGAGAAGCUAGUCAUCAAAAACCAGCAAUAUCACAAGGAGCGUGAGCAGCCACCUCGAUUUGCACAGCCUGGCAGCUUUGAGUAUGAAUAUGCCAUGCGUUGGAAGGCUCUAAUAGAAAUGGAGAAGCAGCAGCAAGAACAAGUAGACCGCAACAUCAAGGAAGCUCGAGAGAAGCUGGAAAUGGAAAUGGAAGCAGCUCGCCAUGAGCACCAGGUUAUGCUCAUGCGGCAAGAUCUAAUGAGACGCCAGGAAGAGCUGAGGAGAAUGGAGGAAUUGCAUAACCAAGAAGUACAAAAACGUAAACAGUUGGAACUCAGGCAAGAAGAAGAACGCAGGCGCCGUGAAGAGGAAAUGAGAAGGCAGCAAGAAGAGAUGAUGAGACGCCAGCAGGAAGGCUUUAAAGGGAAUUUUGCUGAUGCGAGGGAGCCACCAGACAUGCGAAUGGGACAGAUGGGUAUGGGAGGUACCAUUGGCAUGAACAAUAGAGGAGCUAUGGGUGGUACCAAUGUCCCAGCUGCUGCACCUCCUUCGACUGGUCCUGGAGCUAUGAUACCUGACGGAGCCAUGGGAAUGACUCCACCACCACCUGCAGAUCGCUUUGGCCAGGGCGGUGCAAUGGAAGGCCUCGGAGCGAUGGGAGGGAACCCACCUGCCUUCAACAGAGGAAAUCCAGGGGGUGAUUUCGGCCCUAACAAGCGUCGCAGAUACUAACAGGAUUAAGCUACCCCCUGCACAUGCCCCAAAAAGGAAAGGAAUCUUGGCAGGCCACACAGGGUUCAGCUUGGGGUGGGGGGAGGGAUAUAUUAAAAACAGUUAAUUAGGGCCUGUUUUGGUAAAGCCACUCUAGGACAAGGGGAGUGCAGUCUGACUGGUAAAGGUUUUAGAAAAUUUCAUGUGGUGCAUUCCUAUAAUUUCAAUGUGAAAAAUGGAAUCUGGGAGGCUGGCAUUGUUCAAUAACGGUAAGAUCUGGCAAGGACCCUACUGCCUUGACCAUUCCAGGUUUCUUAUUUACAGGCAGAGUCCUGAGACUAAACUAGAGAAAAUUGCGGUAUGUCUUGGCAUUUUUUUAGUGUAGCGUACCUUGCUUAAGAGCACAGGCAAGUCUCUGGAGAACUAGGGCAGCAUCUGGGUACUUUGCAGCUCCCAUGUUUCUGUAAAUUUAUAUAGCUCCAAAUGAUCCGUCAUGUAGUGAAUUGGGGGAGAUUUUAUGUUUGUUUCUUUUUUUUCUCUUUUUUCUCCUAACUUGUAGUUAUUCUUUUUAUCUGGACCAUCUGUUUCUUUAAAGUAGUUGACUGUCAUGUGCAGCCUGAAUGGCUGGAGGCUCUUGUUUGGAUGGAUUUAUUGAUAAUGUGUUGUAUCGCUGUUUAUUUUUACUGGUAGUAAAGUACAAUCUAUUGGACAAAGAUACUGUAUCUCAUGCUGAAGACUUAACCGAAACAAAUGUUUGUAUAAUCUUAACCUUGCCUUGUCUUUUGUGUAGAAGUACUACAAGAUUUUUUCAUUUAGUGUAAACUGUUUGAACACAAGCUGUAAUUUCCCACUAACAAGUUUGAGUUUGUCUGAGGAAUGUUACAGGAAUGCAUUAUUAAAGUGGAUUUUAAGCCUU